GGCUUGAGGAAGUGAUGAAUGGGGGCCGUUCUGCCUGGGGAGAAGGGGGAGGCAAGCUCUCCCUCUGGCAUGCCUGCAGCCUUAUUUAUUACACACCGAACUAUAAAACCGCCUGGCCGGCAGCAGCUCUCCUCUUCAGCCCUGGCAUUUGCCCGAGGAGACUACUGGCGGCUGGAGCCGUGGCCAGCUACUCCAGGAGGCUCCGUGGCUCUGUUGAGAACAAUGCUGGGAAGGCAGCUCUUCUGUUGGCACCUGCUGGCUUUGCUUUUCCUCCCCCUUUGCCUGUGUCAAGAUGAAUACAUGGAGGUGAGCGGAAGAGCUAAUAAAGUGGUGGCGAGAAUAGUGCAAAGCCACCAGCAGACUGGCCGUAGCGGCUCCAGGAGGGAGAAAGUGAGAGUGCGGAGCCAUCCAAAAAGUGGGACUGUGGAUAAUAACACUUCUACAGACCUAAAACCCCUGAGACCGGAUGAGCUAACGCACCCAGAGGUAGAUGACCUAGCCCAGAUCAACCCAUUCUGGGGCCAGUCUCCACAAACUGGAGGAAUGGCCCCAGAUUGCAGCAAGUGUUGCCAUGGAGAUUAUGGCUUCCGAGGCUACCAAGGACCCCCUGGACCUCCUGGUCCCCCUGGAAUUCCAGGAAACCAUGGAAACAAUGGUAAUAAUGGAGCCACUGGCCAUGAAGGGGCCAAAGGUGAGAAGGGAGACAAAGGUGACCUGGGACCCCGAGGAGAGCGGGGGCAGCAUGGCCCCAAAGGAGAGAAGGGCUACCCUGGUGUUCCACCAGAGCUGCAGAUUGCAUUCAUGGCUUCUUUGGCAACUCACUUCAGCAAUCAGAACAGUGGGAUUAUCUUCAGCAGUGUUGAGACCAACAUUGGAAAUUUCUUUGAUGUCAUGACUGGUAGAUUUGGAGCUCCAGUAUCAGGUGUGUAUUUCUUCACCUUCAGUAUGAUGAAACAUGAGGAUGUUGAAGAAGUGUAUGUGUACCUCAUGCACAAUGGCAAUACAGUCUUCAGCAUGUAUAGCUAUGAAACAAAAGGGAAGUCAGAUACAUCUAGCAACCAUGCAGUCCUGAAGCUGGCCAAAGGAGAUGAGGUCUGGCUAAGAAUGGGCAAUGGUGCUCUACAUGGUGACCAUCAGCGCUUCUCCACAUUUGCUGGCUUCCUGCUCUUUGAAACCAAGUGAAUAUAUGAAUAGACCUCCAUUUUGGGGAAAACAUUAGCUGAACUGGUCAUAUUUACCAUCUGAAGGACACUAGGAUUGAGGGUUCUCCAUGCUGGAUUUAUUUUAUUUGGUUGUUACACUGAUAACCAUGCUACAGUUACAUUAAUAACAUUGGAUGACUCAGGGGUUGACAAGAAUUAAACACAAAUCAAUCUUCCCAGGUGAUUUUGAUAAAUACAGCCAGCACUUUUACCAGUCUGUCUUACACAAUUAGAAUUUCCAGUUGGAAAUAAUUUUUCCCCAUCAUAGAUGUCACUUGAAAUGCUCUAUCUUUAAUAGCACCUUUGUGGAGCUCUUGAAGUUGGAAUCUAAUUGCUUCUUAUAACAUUUCAGAGAAUAAGGUCCAGUGAUUGUGAUGAGGUCAGGGCAAAUAUCAAAGGCACCUGCUACGACCUAGGUAACAAAAUCACUUGAAAAGCCUAUACUGGAAAUGACACUUUGAUUCAUUCAGUGGUUUAAUAUUUAGCAAUUUCAGAUAGCUUUUAUAUAGCAAGACUAUUUACAAUGCUCACAAAUAUUUGAUUCCUCCUUUUUAAAAAAUUAGAAUAUUUCUGAAAUUAAAUCUUAUUUCUAAUGGCUUAUAGUUUAUGUUAUCUGACUAUCAUACUUUUUGUUGGAUUGCAAUAGCUCUCUGUGGAGUCUGAUCUUCAGAACUAAUAGAGGUAAGCAGAUUGCUACCCCAUGAAUCUCAACUUUGUAGUUACUCACAUAAAUGAAACAUACUUAGACGUCUUGCUGAAGGAGCUACAAACCCAAUUUUAUAUAUUCAAAGUCAUGCAUGCAAAGUAUACGGAUACUUUUCUUAACCUAUUCUGUAAAAUUUCUUUUUAUCAGUAAAACUUUUCAUGUGACAUUAAGGCAUCAUAUGUGAUACCUACACUUAGUAACAUUCCUUUGGCCUAUUUCUCACUCUUCUGUUUUUAAAAAGAGAGGAGGACAGGAAAUAAAGAAAGGAAAAAGGAAGUGAUAGAGAGAUGCUACAGUGACACCCCAAUAACAACAUGCAGCCCUCCCUGGUGUUAUUCAUGGUGCUCCAGUGUGGUUCCCAAGCAGGGUAAAGAUGCACCCUACUGGGUAAGGCUAUUGCCCAGCUCCAAGACUUCUUUGAUUAUUUAACCAAUAUUUACAGAGUAUCUGUGUUAUUUGACUUUUUCCCAUGUUCCUUGAAAAUCUAUUCAUACAAAAUAAUUUUCUUAAAAAUAUUGAGCCCAUAAUUUAUUUCUGUUACACUUUGAUCAGGAAACAAAGACUUUGAAAUUAUGGGUUUAUUUGUAUUGAUUACCUCCUACAGUUAGAAGUAGAAAAUUAAUGAGAGCUGCACUAUUAGCUAACUUAGCAUGUCCCCUGUUCAGUUUAUCCUUUGACCAUUUCUUUUUAUUUACAAAUAUUUCAGAACUCUUUCUCUAUCCAAUACAAUAUUAUUUGAAAUUGAAUUUAUAUUAACACUAAUGUGCUUGAUUUAUAACCAUUUUGUAUGAAUUUCCUUUCUUACCUCCAAGGGACCAUGGGUUUCUGGGGAUGGGGUUUACUAUUAAAAAGCUUCA